AUGACUCUUCAAAAUACUGGUUGGUCACAAAUAAAUGGUCUGCAUUUAGAUAACAUACUAGCCAAACGGCUUCAGGAUCCUCAGUUUUGGACCUACAGACAAUUAUCUGAUCUGAUGGUCCGUGCAACUGCUAUGAUGUUCGAUCUUCCUUACAUAGCUUAUUAUCUGAUAGAAGAACAGAUGGAGAAGAAGAGUUCACCAGAUGGCCAUAUAUUUUUUGUACGCCUUCUUGGAGAUCUACGCUAUUGUGGUAUCAGUGGUGGAGCAACCUUGGCAACAAAUGCCAACAUUGGUAAGAAGUUUGAGUGGUGGAUUAAUGAAGAAAAAUCACCAGCAGUGCCAGGCGUUCUUCGUCUGUAUCAAACGUUGUUAGACUUGGGUAUUAAACCAAUAUUUAUAACGGAUACAAAAGAAGAAUUUAGACAAGUGAGAAUGGCCAACCUAAAGAAAGCUGGCUAUCAUUCAUGGUUUCAAGUUCAUUUGCCAGGGAAGAAAUGA